CUGUAAGAAGACUGCAGCAAUCAUGACCCUUGGGGAUUUCAAGCUGGAAGUGAUGGAAGGGGAGUUCACUGACUGUCAGGUUUCUGUAGUGCUGGGAGAGAACGGUUCAGGGAAGACCACCUUCCUCCAAUUGCUGGCUGAUAUCGUGCCACCCAACUAUGUAGAAGGAUUACAACUGUGGAAGCCGAAGUUUCGUGUCUCAUACAAACCGCAAAUAAUUGGCUGGAGGGGUGAGUGUACAGUCAGUCAAAUGCCAGAAUUGAGCCUUCAUUUGGAAGACAUGCAUCCUGCCUUUGUAAGAGAUGUGAUGAAACCGCUUCAGAUCGAGCAGUUGCUGGAUCGAAAAGUGGAGUCACUCUCGCCUGGAGAAACACAGAGGGUUGCCUUAACUAUCUGCCUCGGGAGUCCCGCAAGUGUCUACCUGAUCGAUGAGCCAGGUGCGUAUCUAGACUCAGAGCUGCGAAUCAACGCUGCAAUGGCCAUAAGGCGGCAUGUUUUACGCAUGCGGAGAGCCGCUAUUGUUGUGGAGCAUGACUUAACAAUGGCGACCUAUAUGGCAGACCAAGUGAUUGUGGUUGAUGGGAACGUACCAACCAACUGUACUACUAACCCUCCAUACCCACUUGUCAGCAGGAUGAACAGAUUCUUACCGCAUCUGGAUAUUACAUUCAGACGGAAUCGGAUGAGCCUCACACACACACCAAGGGUCAACAAAUUAGGGUCGAUGGAGGACACAAGGCAAAAGGAUGCAGGCAACUACUAUGACGUGGUUUGAUUGAUCGGUAAAAGAGAGGAAAGGUACCAAUAGUAUCCGAAAGGUCUUUCACUAGCUCAGGAGAGAUUAUAUAAGACAUGACCUCUAAGAAUAAGAUUGUUAGGGAGUUUAAAACUGAUAGUAAAUUGGAUUGAGCUGU